AAACUUACAACCAAUUACCAACUCCUACCAUGAAGGAUUCUCUGAAUGUAGCUGUGAUCGGAGCAGGCAUCUCCGGCCUACUCACCGCCCGCGAGCUUCUCCGAGAGAACCUUCGUGUCACCGUCUUAGAAAAAUCAGACAAGAUCGGUGGAACCUGGGUUUACGAUGAUCGAGUGGAAGUUGAUGGCUGCCUUCACCUCGACCCCAACAGAUCCAUUGUUCACAGCAGCAUCUACAAAUCUCUCCGAACAAAUCUUCCUCGGCCACUGAUGAGCUUCUCGGACUUCUCAUUUGAAGACAAAUCGUACGGUGAUCCGAGGUUGUUCCCCGGUCAUGAAGAGGUUCUAAAGUUCGUUCAGGAUUUUGCUAACGAGUUUGGAGUUAGUGAGGUCAUUCGGUUUAACUCGGAGGUGGUGCGAGUUGAGUCACAGGGUGGUGGGUUUGUGGUGGAGUGGCGGACGACGGAGGGUGGUUUGGUGGAGGAGGGUUUUGAUGCGGUGGUGGUUUGUAAUGGCCACCAUACCGAACCACAAGUUGCUAGCGAUGUCCCUGGUAUCGAGGAAUGGCCACGGAAACAACUACAUAGUCACAACUAUCGUAUUCCCGAGCCAUACCGUGAUCAAGUAGUGGUCGUGAUCGGGAGUGGUCCUAGUGCAAAUGAUAUAUCCCGUGAAAUCUCGACCAUUGCCAAAGAGGUUCAUCUUUCUUCGAGAUCUUCAGACAUCAAGGUCUCAAGGUUGGAAGGACAUAAAAAUAUUUGGCAACACACGAAGAUCAAACGUGUUUUUGAUGACGGGAAAGUCGAGUUUCAAGAUGGUGAUUCUGUUGUGGCUGAUCUUAUCUUACAUUGCACAGGGUUUAAGUUUCACUUCCCCUUUUUAAGAACAUGCAACAUUGUACAUGUUGACGAUAAUCGUGUUGGGCCACUAUACAAACAUGUGCUUCUUCCUCAACUUGCACCUAGGCUCGCCUUCCUUGGAUUAGCAUAUAAACAAGGCCUUCUAUUUCGAAUGCUUGAAUACCAAUCUAAAUGGGUAGCACUUACAUUGGCCGGGAAGAUAUUGUUGCCCUCUAAAGAAGAGAUGUUGGCCGAUGUGUACAAACAAUAUCGAGAAAUGGACGAAAAUGGAAUCCCAAGACGCCACACUCAUUCACUAAAUUAUCAGAUUGAAUAUGUGGAUUGGUUAGCUGCUCAAGUAGGACUACGUGUUGAAGAUCGACUUAAGAAGAUCUUCAAGAACAAUUUAGAGCUUCGGAUGGCACAUCCUAAGGAUUAUAGAGAUGUGUCGGUGUUGUAUUAAUCUCCAUAAUGUGAUUUAAGAAGCGAUUCGAGAUAUUUCGAAGGCAAACAAAGGUAUACAAAUCAAUAUACCUGUAAGCAAUCGAUUGAACAAUGUACUUAAAAAGUGUUUGAUUUAAUUGUACAACUUAUAUAAUAGCGUUUAAUUUCACAGA